CCGGGCAUUCAUUACGCCUUGCAAAUCAUCCACGCAUCACAGUUGCCCUCAUCCAAGGGACCAAAAGACAAUGUCCUCCGCAGCCACCCCAGUGAGCCCCGCCCGAGCCCGGGCCGAGCGUAUCGAAGCAAACUGCAAAAUCAUUUGGGGCGACGACAAGGAGUAUGACAUAUUCCACGAAACCGAUGAUUACGUCUACUACAUAUGCUAUGUGAGAACAAUCAUACAAAAGAAUCGAUUUCCAGAUCCAGGGCCAGUGUUAGUACAGAGUCCAAUGUGUCCCUCAGAGGCGGAAGCUUGGACGGAACUGGACAAGAUGCUGGCAAUUGGCGCGAAGAAUGUCAAGGCUAGCCGAGACUCGGAGCGUCAAAAGUGAAGGAUCAAAACUGGAGGUUUCUGGUAAAACGGGC